AUGAGAAUUCGAAUUGCUUGUUGCUCAUUAAUCUAUCGAAAGAUACUGCGAUUAAAAGUAUCAUCGUUAUCACAAACAUCAAAUGGACAAAUUAUUAAUUUAUUGUCAAAUGACGUGAAUCGAUUUGAUUUUGUAUUUGUUUUUCUAUAUUAUAUUUUAAUAUCACCAAUUCAAUUAAUAAUUGUUUCAUAUUUUUUAUGGGAAAAUGUACAGUUUUCCUGUCUAUGUGGAAUUACUGUAAUCGCAUUAAUGACACUUCCAGUACAAGGAUAUUUGGGCAAAUUAUUUGGAAUGUUACGAAAGAAAACAGCAAAAUUAACGGAUAAAAGAGUAUUGUUAAUGAAUGAAAUUAUUUCCGGCAUUCAAGUUAUAAAAAUGUAUGCAUGGGAGAAACCAUUUGAAAAUUAUGUACGCAACGCUCGAAUUAAUGAAAUAAAAAAAAUAAAAUACUCGAAUUAUUUAAAUGCCUACAAUUUGGCCAGCAUGAAUUACACAGAACGAAUUGCAAUUUAUACAACUGCUGUUACCUACGCAUUAUUUGGUAAUGUUGUAACACCAGAAAAACUAUUUUCAUUGUAUCAAUAUUUUACAAUAAUUAUGGGCUCAAUGGCAUUCUAUUAUCCACAAGCUAUUUCAAUGGGAUCCGAAACGUUGGUCACAAUCAAAAGGAUACAAAACUUUUUACUACUCGAAGAAAAAUUAGCGUCAAAUACAAGUACCAAUUCACAAAAAAAUGGUGAAAUUAAUAUAAAAAAUUAUAAUGCAUGCUGGACAAAUGAUAAGGAAACGUUAAGUGAUGUAACAAUUCACAUUAAAGCAAGAGAAUUGUGUACAAUAGUUGGACCAGUUGGAUCGGGGAAAAGUUCAUUUUUAAAUGCAAUCCUAAUGGAAAUUAGUAAAAAUAGUGGAAAAAUUAAUGUAAAUGGAACAAUUGCAUAUAGUUCACAGGAUCCUUGGUUAUUUGGUGGUUCGAUACGACAAAAUAUUUUGUUUGGAUCAGUUUAUGACGAGAAAAAAUAUAAAGAAGUUAUUAAAGUAUGUUCACUGGCACAAGAUUUUCAACAGUUAACGUACGGUGAUGAAACAUUGGUUAGUGAUAAAGGUGCAUCGUUAAGUGGUGGACAAAGAGCUCGUAUUAAUUUAGCAAGAGCAAUUUAUCGUGAUGCUGAUAUUUAUUUACUAGAUGAUCCAUUAUCUGCUGUGGAUGUUAAUGUUGGAAAACAUAUUUUUCAUGAAUGUAUUGAAAAAUAUUUAAAGGGAAAAACUAGAAUUUUGGUGACUCAUCAAAUACAACAUUUACAAAAUGUUAACUAUAUUGUUGUGCUAAAAAAUGGAAAAGUCGAAGCUGCAGGUACUUAUAAUGACUUAUUGGCCAAGAAUUUGGAAUUUACACAACACUUACGAAAGAAAAUUGAAACUGAUCAAAAUACUGAGCUUGAGUCCAAGGAUAACUCAAAAAAUGGAAAGUCGUUAGAUGUUGUACCUUUAAUGGAAAAUAAAAAGUGCUUAGAAAUUGAGGAAGUAGAAACGGGAUCAUAUAACUUAAAACAAUUUGUGAAAUAUUUUAAGGCUGCAGGAAAUAAAUGCGAAUUAAUUUUAUUGUUUCUGUUAUUGAUUGGUAAUCAAAUUUGUAAUAACACGAUGGAUUAUUGGUUUUCCUAUUGGACUAAUUCUGAAGAAGUGCGAGCAAAUACCAAUAUCGACUAUUCAAUAAUUAUCAUUGACAAUAAUAAUUUAACUAAUUCAAAUCAUACGAAAUAUGAUUUACAAGAAUCUUCUCUAGUGGGCUUGAUGAAUCAAACAAAUAUAAUGUAUAUUUUAACAUUAAUUUUAUGUCUUGUCAUAACCACUUCAUUAUUGAAGUGUAUUUAUUUUUAUAAAUUAUGUAUGCAAGCCUCAAUUAAUUUACACAAUAAAAUGUUUCAUUCAUUAUCGAAAGCACCAAUGCGAUUUUUUGAUAAAAAUCCAAUUGGCCGUAUAUUGAAUCGAUUUACAAAAGAUAUUGGAGCUGUUGAUGAUCAGUUACCUAAAACAAUGACGCAAGGAUUUCAAAUAUUUACAACAACGAUUGGAGCUGUUUCAUUAAUUUCCAUUGUAAAUCCUUUAUUAUUAAUUCCAACUGGCAUUUUAUUGUUAUGUUUUAUGAAAAUUCAAAGUAUUUAUUUAGCAACAGCACAAGAUUUAAAACGAUUAGAAGGCAUUACCAGAAGUCCCGUGUUUUCACAUACCAGUUCAUCAUUAACUGGUCUUGUCACGUUACGUUCAUGUCAAAUGGAGAAGGUUUUAGAAAAGGAAUUCGAUAGACAUCAGGAUUUACAUACAUCUGCAUGGUAUUUAACGGUGGUUUGUAAAACAUCAUUUGGAUUAUGGGUCGAUUUACUAUGCGUCAUUUAUGUAUCACUCAUAACAUCCAGUUUUACCGUGAUUGGAAAUUCUUGUUUUACUGGCAGUGAAGUAGGUCUUGCAUUAUCUCAAUCAUUAAUACUUUUAAAUAUGGUACAAUAUGGAAUGAAACAAGUGGUAGAAACAAUUUGCCAAAUGACCAGUGUGGAACGAAUUUUACAAUAUACAAAUAUAGAAACGGAAGGUCCCUUCGAAACAACAAAUGAUAUUUUACCUCCAUUAUGGCCAAAUGAUGGUGCAAUUCAUUUUAAAAAUGUUUUUAUGAAAUAUGAUACAGAUCAACCAAGCAUACUAAAAAAUUUAAAUUUGGAAAUACAAUCCGGAGAAAAAAUCGGUGUUGUUGGCAGAACAGGUGCUGGAAAAUCAUCAUUAAUAUCAUCAUUAUUUCGAUUAUCGAUUAUCGACGGUGAUAUUAUUAUCGACGAUGUUAAUAUUCAAUUAAUUGGAUUAAAAGAUUUAAGAUCAAGUAUAUCAAUAAUUCCGCAGCAACCAGUGUUAUUUAGUGCAACGAUGCGUUUUAAUUUAGAUCCGUUUGAGAAGUUCGAUGAUCAUACUUUAUGGAAUGUUUUGGAAGACGUAAAAUUAAAACACUGUAUCACUAGCUUAGACUUUGAAAUUCAAAGUGGUGGCACUAAUUUUAGUAUUGGUCAACGCCAAUUGAUAUGUUUAGCUCGUGCAAUUUUGAAGCAAAAUAAAAUAUUAGUUUUGGAUGAAGCUACAGCUAAUGUAGAUCCACUUACCGAUGCUUUAAUUCAACGAACAAUUCGUGAAAAAUUUCAAGCAUGUACUGUGAUAACCAUCGCCCAUCGUUUGAACACAAUUAUGGAUUCAGAUAAAGUAUUAGUAAUGGAUGCAGGACAAAUGGUAGAGUUUGAUCAUCCAUGUAAGCUGUUACAAAACGAAAAUGGCUUUUUUUAUAAGCUUGUUCAAGAAACUGGUAUAUCUUUAUUAGAUUAUUUUGAGCACAAAAUAGUUUGA